CGCAAUCCUCUCAUCCUCAGGGGUCCAUUCAUAUCGCGACAUCGAUCGUAACGCUUUCCUCGUCAACCGAUUUCGGGUUGUCACUGGAUAAGUGCGGGCUUCGUCAAAUGGAUCUCGUCUACGAGAAGAUUGCCGGGACAGGCGCAUCUCGAAACUACAAUCUGAUGAAAUGCCGAAGAGAGCUCGAAAAAAGCUGCUCUAAUUACAAGAGCCGUGCUAGCCAUUGCCCUCCUGCGCCACAAACUACACCCACCUCCAGCAAUCCGCCCGCUCCUCAACAAGAACAACAGAUUCUCCAAAAGAAAGGCGUUCUCUUCCAGACUUGCCAAGAGACAGGCCACACCUCGCGCAGGGCCACGAAGCAGUCCUUCCAGUACAUCGAGAGCGACAUCCAACACAGAGCCACAAGACUCAAGAACAAGUCGACGCACGUGCCUAGACCCCGAGUCCACCAAGAUCCUGGCUCCAACUUCGACCCUUUCGAUGGCUACACAGGGUCUGGUUUCUCGAACGAUUUCUCGAUGGAAAAUGCAACUGCCGAAGGAGUGAGAGACUCGCACACACGGUACUGGGCACCUCAAAAGCACAUGUCAGGGCCCCGAUACGUACCUACUCAUGCCGAAUCAAUUGCAAUCAGACAAACUGCCGCACUGAUUGCAAGGCACUGUGCAGUCCGAGACAAAGAGCCUUACAUGAAUUCACCUCCUCAAGAAGCUCUGCAUGGGAUUCGCUCGGCUGUUUGGCAGGCAAGGGCUGACGCUCAAAGCUCUAGAAGCGCUGAGCAGUCCCCAGAAGGAAACCAAGCAGACAAUGGCGUUCGCAUUACAGAAGACGGAUGCAUCAUCCAGCAUGGCUUCGAUAUCUCGCCCCUGACCUCGUCUCCCAAAAGCAAUAUUCAUGAAAGAUGCGACUCGGCGUGUGAUCUUCAGUGCAAGACGCCAACCCACAUGUCACCGAAUCAGUCCAGGUCCAUGGCGCCAAUCAGAUCGAGUGUCAGAAACGGCAAAGGCGCAAGGGUACCAGUCUGCUUCCGCAAGCAAGAGAUAUCCGUCCCACGAACAGUAUCGACCUUGUCGGCUCUGGUCUCUGGUCCCGUAUAUGCCGCUAGCGGCGCGCUGGAGCAGGAUUUUAUACCAACUCCUCAACUACAAGCACAGGAGUCUCAGCAGAAGCGUCGGAUGCCUGCCCCUGCACGAACCGCCCUCGUAUUCGUCGAAUCCUUCUCGUCCAACGCUAUCGCAUCCGACAGUGAAUAUGAUAGCGACGAAAGCGAAAAAGGCCAUGACAAACAAGAAGACAGCGCCCUGGUCUCGGCUCUUUGUUCGGAUGGUGUCAAUGAGGAUGGGAGUAUCGCCAACGUUGCCCUCUUGAACGAGCCUGCUGAGAUUGUGAAGACAAGCAAUCGUCCGCCGCAACCUUCCGUACCGCCCUCACCUCCGUCCUCCAAGAUCCCACUUUCCACCUCUCCCGAGGCCGCUCAAGCCCAGCAGUAUCGUACUGGUACACUCCUCCCACAGUGGUUGUCCAAGCUUCCUGAACCCGAUCAACAGGGAACUCCUGUGACUACUCCCCAUGACACACCCAUACGUCCACCACCACCGCAGCAGCAGCACCCAAAGCCGCAAUUUCCUCGUUCGCGACAAACUGCAAAACUCUUCGCGGCCCACCAGCAACAGGGCCGCCCUCAAAAGCCGGUUCCUGCUCACACCCAUCCUCCGUGCUCGGCUCUGGAUAUCCGCCGUCCCUCCCCGCCUUAUAUCUUCUCCAAGAGUGACAAUUGUGUCACAGCACUCUUGUUCAAGAUUGAGGAGAACAAGGGCAAACGACCUGCAAACUUCAAAUGGGACCACGUCGCACCCAUGCAUGGUUUCAGUCCGUGCAGACCAUUCUACGUCCUCGAUUAGGCAGAUUGGACGCUAUGGCUCACGAUUAUGAAUACCACCGAUGAGGACCAAAAGCCACAAUCCAUCGCCUGAGCUCAAGACUGUACACAGUACUAUGACUUCGGCUGCUCUAUCAUCGCAUUACACGCCUU